AAAUUGCUGUGAUGGAGAGUGAAUGCACCGUUCACAGGUCUUAGGGAUGAUCUGUCUUCCGCUCAUUGGUCUGCUCCGUGGCGUGGGAAUGGAUGUAUCCAGAGUUUUACCUCUGGCUGCAAAACAGCAAGAGAAAGAAAUCAAGGAGCCACUGCUGUCAUUGACCGGAUCACCCCAGCAUGGUCAGUAGACAGACUUGAGUCCCAGAGAAAAAGCUGCUGGCUUCUGAGGAUAAACCACUUUGAACAGCUUUUACCUUAACCUCGACCUUGAAGACUUUGACUCCUGGUUCCAAGGUAUUUUGGACACCUUCAAUAUUUGCCUUCUCUUUUCUGGUCAAGCCUGAUUCCUGAAAUGGAACUAAAGCUGAAAAAUCAUCUCCUUUGUCUGCAAAUUUGAGACACGAUUGGGAUGGUCUUAAGUGCAUACAACUAGACCCUUAACUGCAGCGAUGAGUUCAGACGAGAAGGGCAUAUCCCCUGCUCAUAAAACAUCCACUCCAACCCAUAGAAGUGCCUCUUCUUCAACAUCCUCCCAUAGGGAGAGUCGGCAGAGUAUCCACGUACUGGAGAGGACUGCUUCCUCCAGCACCGAGCCCUCUGUCAGUCGGCAGUUGCUAGAACCAGAGCCGGUCCCCCUCUCCAAGGAAGCUGACAGCUGGGAAAUUAUAGAAGGACUGAAAAUAGGCCAAACCAAUGUCCAGAGACCAGACAAACAUGAAGGCUUCAUGCUGAAGAAAAGAAAAUGGCCUUUAAAAGGCUGGCACAAGCGUUUUUUUGUCCUGGAUAAUGGAAUGUUAAAGUAUUCAAAGGCACCACUUGAUAUUCAAAAGGGGAAGGUCCAUGGAAGCAUCGAUGUCGGACUCUCGGUCAUGUCAAUUAAAAAGAAAGCUCGGAGAAUAGACCUUGACACAGAGGAGCACAUCUAUCAUUUGAAGGUGAAAUCCCAGGACUGGUUUGAUGCAUGGGUCUCUAAACUGCGCCAUCAUCGGUUGUAUCGGCAGAAUGAAAUCGUCAGAUCGCCGAGAGAUGCAAGUUUUCACAUAUUUCCUUCGACCUCCACAGCUGAAUCCUCACCAGCUGCUAAUGUUUCUGUUGUGGAUGGGAAGGUGCCACCAAACAGCUUUCCAUGGCAGUCCCCGCUGCCUUGCAGCAACAGCCUCCCCGCGACCUGCACCACCGGCCAGAGCAAAGUGGCAGCCUGGUUACAGGACUCGGAAGAAAUGGACAGGUGUGCAGAAGAUCUUGCACACUGCCAGUCAAACCUUGUGGAACUUAGCAAACUCCUGCAGAAUUUGGAAAUACUUCAGAGAACUCAGUCAGCACCUAACUUUACCGACAUGCAGGCUAACUGUGUAGAUAUUUCAAAGAAAGACAAGCGGGUCACAAGACGAUGGAGAACAAAAAGUGUCAGCAAAGAUACAAAAAUACAACUGCAGGAAGGGCCAGCUGCGAAGGGCCAGUUCAGCACCGCCCGGCGCCGGCAGAGGCUAGCGGCAGCAGUGGCUACAACAGUCCCUUUCAGUGCGACCAUGUCACCAGUUCGCUUGCAUUCCUCCAACCCCAACCUUUGUGCGGAUAUCGAAUUUCAGACUCCCCCUAGCCACCUCACCGACCCUCUGGAAAGUUCAACGGAUUAUACCAAGCUUCAAGAAGAAUUUUGUCUCAUUGCACAGAAAGUGCAUUCUCUUUUGAAGUCUGCAUUUAAUAGCAUAGCUAUAGAGAAGGAGAAGCUUAAGCAGAUGGUUUCUGAGCAGGAUCACAAUAAAGGCCACAGCACGCAGAUGGCACGGCUUCGACAGUCGCUGUCUCAGAGUGAAGGAGCAAGCACAUCCUGGGCACUCAACCAGAAUGCUGAACUAAGAAGUCGGUUGAACAGAAUACAUUCAGAAUCUAUUAUAUGUGAUCAGGUUGUCAGUGUAAAUAUUAUUCCUAGCCCUGAUGAGGCUGGAGAGCAAAUCCAUGUCAGUCUCCCCCUGUCACAGCAGGUAGCCAACGAGAGCCGCCUCUCCAUGUCAGAGUCUGUCUCCGAGUUCUUUGAUGCACAGGAGGUGCUGCUCUCUGCAAGCUCGUCAGAGAAUGAGGCUUCAGAUGAUGAGUCUUACAUCAGUGAUGUGAGCGAUAAUAUAUCUGAAGACAACACGAGUGUUGCAGACAACAUUUCUCGGCAAAUCUUGAAUGGGGAGCUCACUGGAGGAGCCUUCCGAAACGGACGUCGAACCUGCCUGCCAGCUCCCUGUCCUGACACCAGUAACAUUAACCUGUGGAAUAUCUUGAGGAACAACAUUGGUAAAGACUUGUCUAAAGUCUCUAUGCCUGUGGAGCUGAACGAGCCACUCAACACUCUGCAGCAUCUCUGUGAGGAGAUUGAAUACAGUGAGCUUCUGGACAAGGCUUCAGAGACUGACGAUCCCUACGAGCGCAUGGUUCUUAUUGCUGCAUUUGCAGUUUCAGGAUAUUGCUCCACCUAUUUCAGAGCAGGAAGUAAGCCAUUCAACCCUGUCCUUGGAGAGACUUACGAAUGCAUUAGAGAGGACAAGGGAUUCCGAUUUUUCUCAGAACAGGUUAGCCAUCAUCCACCCAUUUCUGCCUGUCACUGUGAAUCCAAGAAUUUUGUGUUUUGGCAAGAUAUCAGAUGGAAAAACAAGUUCUGGGGGAAGUCAAUGGAAAUCCUGCCUGUUGGAACACUGAAUGUCAUGCUUCCAAAGUAUGGAGAUUGCUAUGUAUGGAAUAAAGUCACCACGUGCAUACACAACAUUCUCAGUGGGAGGAGGUGGAUAGAGCAUUACGGAGAAGUAACCAUUAGAAAUACCAAAAGCAGUGUUUGCAUUUGCAAACUCACAUUCGUCAAGGUGAAUUAUUGGAAUUCUAACGUGAAUGAAGUCCAGGGGGUUGUAAUGGAUCAGGAGGGGAAGGUGGUGCACCGGCUGUUCGGGAAGUGGCAUGAAGGGCUCUACUGCGGUGUGGCCCCUUCGGCAAAGUGCAUCUGGAGACCAGGUUCCAUGCCAACCAACUAUGAGCUCUACUAUGGCUUCACAAGGUUUGCUAUUGAGCUCAAUGAGUUAGAUCCUGUACUGAAAGAUCUCCUUCCAUCGACAGAUGCCCGAUUCCGGCCAGAUCAGAGAUUUUUGGAAGAAGGAAAUUUAGAAGCUGCGGCCGCAGAGAAGCAACGGGUGGAGGAACUCCAGAGAUCUCGAAGGCGCUACAUGGAAGAAAACAACCUUGAACACAUACCAAAAUUUUUUAAGAAAGUUAUUGAUGCCAAUCAAAGAGAAGCCUGGGUUUCUAAUGAUACCUACUGGGAGCUGCGAAAGGACCCUGGGUUUAGCAAAGUAGACAGCCCUGUUCUUUGGUAAACUGGGAAUGUAGAGCUAGCCAACAUAUCACGCUCUGAAUGAAUAAAUACCUAUGCACAAUUAUGUUUCCUAGAGCUCCGCGUGGUUUCUGGGUCGACUGAAAACCCACCGUUUGCUUUUCUAUUCAUCUUUAUAAUGGACUUUCAGAAGUGCAUUAGACAAGGCCCCUAACCACUUUCGGAUCCUUUCUGUUUUGCUGCAACCAUAUCCCUUAAAAAAAAAAAAAUCCACGCCCUCCUCGAAAAGCAGAAUAAAAGGAGCAGAAUAUAAAACCCAAAGUCUGAAGCGUCUGUAAAGAAAACAAACUGUAACUGGUGCUUAACGCUGAUCCAGAGAGUGCGAGGCGACCUGAUGCAGAAACCACGCGCCUGGUCCUUUGUCCCGAAGCGCUGGCCCCUCGCGCGGGGGGUCCCGGGGACGCCAGUCGAUCAGCUCCGACCUCGAGUGUGUCUGUUUGACGUGGUGUACUUGUUACUGACCUUGUCCACAAAGAUGUGAUACUUCUCAGAACCCCGUUCCAUCUGUACGCCAUUGUUCAUGCCUUAAGAAAUGCAAAGAUGUACAAAUAAAUCAUUUUUUCAAUGUGUGCGCAUAGGUUCAUGUGAGGGACAGCUCUUUCGAAUCGUGGCACGAUUCGCUUUCUGGGAUCAGAACGCGUAGAAGGCGGACGGAAGGGGAUUUUUGCAGAGUAGACUGCACCUGCUUUACUUGGAACGUUGGCGACGGUCUGGUCUGUCUCAAGGGCAAGAAGCAAAAGGCGUGCUCGGCAGAGGUGUGUGUUCACGUCGCUCGUCCAGUUCCUGUCCCGCCACCAGAUAAUAAACCCUCUUGCACCUCACCUCACGGUGUGCCCUGUUAUUUGGCAAUAUCUGUACUUGAUUUGAACCCUUGGCAUCAGUGUUAAAACCUUAGAAGGGAGUAAUAACGAAAAGCACGUGGGGUUUGUGCGUGGGCUUAGGAGCCACCGGCCCCCCAGCUGGGUUGGAGGGCGGCCCAGUGUGGCCCGCGUUGCUGUGCUGCGCCUGGCCCAUGGGCAGCGGUGGGACCCCACUGGGAGCACAAGCAAGGGUACUUAGUAGCUUAUUUGCAUUGUUUGUAUGAGUUCUAUGCAAAACCAUAUUUUAUAUUCUCAUCAAGUGCUCCUGUGUGAUAUGUCUUAGGCAUUUGCCUUGCUUUUGGCAGAGAUUAAAAAAAAACAAAAAACAAAAAAAACAAGCUAAGGAUUUUAUCCAUCCCAACAAAGGCAGGGUGGGGGUAGGGGCAGAAAUAUGCUUUUACCUACUUGAGGAUUUGUUUUGUUUUGUUUUUUUCUUCCAGUAUACAGAGGCUUUUGUAAGAAACUUGCAUCAGUGUUCCUGAGUUUCUGCACGUAGACGACUAUAUAAAAAUGCCUGUAUGUUUAAAAAAAAUCUCCUGAUGGAGCUUUUCCUAGAGAAUUAGAAAAUGACAUAUAUUUUAUUCUUAGACUCUUACCAUCGGAUUUUAAGCGCUAUUUUAAACUCUGAUAACAAGGCUAUGGACAUCUUACGUUUCGUUACGAGGUGUUGAUUUUCGUGUUUUCUCUCCUCAGCCAAGCAUCCCUAAUCGGUGGCUAGUCCGCUCUCAACCACCGCUGCCCUGAGAGCCGGAGGGAGAAGCCUGCAGUGUCCACUAGGUGGAACGGUGUUUUAGUUUUGAAACUCAUCCCUCCUCCUACCUGAGUGCCCUACAUUAUGUGUACCGUAGGGUUUGAAGAGAAAUUUCCCUUCAGUGAACCCCCUAACCCCUAGACUUUAGCCUUCCACUGGAGCAACACCCUCCCUCGGAUUCUCGAUGCCUUUAAUUUCCAUUUGAAAUCCAUAGGUGGCUUGCCUCGAGGUAGUACAGUUAUUCCCUUUGUUACUGAUUUUUUUUCCUGUGCAUUCAUCUUGAGGUCUUUUUUUAUCUGCGUCCUGAGACCCAGGCCUUUAAUUUUAAUUAGAAUUUCAUCUGAAUUCCGUGGUCUUCCCCUUGGAAGUCUGUCCUCCCGCAGUCGGUGAAGCUUUAAAUAUGAUUUAAAGUGGUUCUGGUCUGUACUUACUGGCACUUCCCUGAACAGCCUGAAAAUAAGACAAUUCUGCAACGCAAAGGUACUGCAAGCAGAGAAGCAGGAAGGCCAAGCACUAGGUGACCACGGGCGCAUCAGUCAGACGGUCAGACGGCUGAGAGAGGACCCAAGGCCCAUCAGGGAAGCAACUGCUGUACCCCCACAUUCCGCUGUAAUUGAGGAAACGAGUGACUGCUAGAGAGGCCCUUUGCUAGAUAAUAAGUUCAAGCUACAAAUCAAGUAGGUAAAUGUUGGUCAGAGCAAACCUGAAACUCUGGGAUUUCAAGAUGUGGAUGAGAAGAAUGUCACAUCAUGGAAAGCACCACAUUUUAUCAUAUCCCAGGUUUAGAAUCUCUUUUGAGUUCUAGAUAUCCCGAUUGGACUUCCAAUUCAAGCAAUCAGUUCAGUUUAGGUGAUAUUCCUAUGAUACCUGAAUCUCCCUAUUAAGUACUCACACCCAUGUAAUGGCCUCAUCCCUACCCCCCCCCCCUUUUUUUUUAACUUUUUAUUGAUAUCACCGUUUUAGAAUUGUGAGACUUACUCUGUUUGGGAUUGUCAUCUGCAUAAUUUGGGGACUUUUGAGACUAGUUUAAACAGCAAAUGGAUAGAAAAACAUAUUAGAUCGUUCCUGAUAAAACCUGACUUACUAGAAUUUUAAAUAAGGCUCUUUGUUUUAAGGGUACUUUUCUUAUUUGUUUUUCCCUAAAACAAUCUAAAAUAGAGAUUUAGUUCAUCUGUAUACCUCCGCCUUGAUUUAGUCAUAAGCUCCUUCCUUCAUCUUUCUGAGCUGGUCAUUAAGGAAAGCAGUGAUAAGUGAUGAUGGUCCCAUGGAUGUGGCUAGACUGAACAGAUCGAUGGCACACACCAGCACUCAUCAAGGUCGACCAGAAAACUAAUUAUUUUGCUUCCAUAUGCUGCCACCCAGGGUGCAAAUUUACUCUCAGAUUUUGCUGUUACUGUUUUUUUUUUUUUUUUUAAUUAAGUCGUUUUUUCACCGGUUACUUAAAGUUCCCCAAUAAGUUCCAGGCAGUUGUAAAAGUAAACCUCUUUUAAGAUACCUUUUAAUAUUACCUAUCAAGUUAGAUGUGACAUAAAAACUACCAAACAUAUUUUCCGAGUAAGAGAAACCAAGGGGGUAUCAAUACAAAGGAUACCAGGCUGUUGAUUUCCAAACCUUUUGCUCCUCUUCAUUCGUCUGGUCCUGUGCCUUGCAGCAAUCCCACUAAUCAGUCAUUAGCCCCCUGCCCCAAGGGGCACUUGGAAGGCAGGGGUUAAAAGAGGAACCCAAUCAAUGGUUUGCUUAGUUCUGUUACAGCUGUGACUGGAGAAGACUUUAUAAUCAUAAUCUAAUGUAUGAUUUUGUUAUUAAAAAAACUAAUUAUCCAUCUUGUCUAAUCUUGUUCCCUGUCAUCCUAGAUAAUGAAGUGUUUGGGGGAGCAGAGCUCCUCACACGCCAGGGGGUGUAAUAAAUGUUUGCACUUGGUUCAAGUCGUUAUAUUAUGAAUGUGGCACAGUAAAUAAAGUUUGUGUACAAAAGACUAGUUUAUUUCUAUGGGAGCCAUUAUGUUCAGGAUAUAUAUAAUGUAUCUAAUUAAACAAUUAUGAAUCUA